UUUAAAUAGCUAACGUUAAUGUGAGCCAGGUCGCGCCUCAGGAUUGAAGUCAAAUGAAGUCAUUCUCCUUUUAUUUGUCUUAGAAAAUGCACAUAAUAUGGCUGUUUCAAACGAAAUGACUAAGUACCCAGCCAAAACUAGUCAGGUUUGUUUGUUUUUUGUUGGUGUCCGUGUUUGUUUACCGGGCUCCAUAAGCUCAGCGCAUUGUUGUCAGAAGGUGUAUUUGUGGUAACUACAGGCAAUAAUACAAUCAUAAUCAGCGUUUCUGUGGUACAUGCUGGCAAAAACAAACGACAGUGGGACUCUAAAGUUAUAUGUAGCUGAACUUAAAGCUUCUGUAACUACCGUUAACUGCCUUACGACUACGGAAAACGAUCUCGUUUCUUCUGAGUAGGUCUACUUCUACUCAGUAUGGCAACUUUCAUUGAUUUCAUUAUUGCUGGAUGUGGAGGAGUAAGCUGUCUUCACCUGCUUCUAUUGUUUUUAUACCCCCCCCUUUCUCAGUAAUAGGGUGUUUUUUCCUUCAUCAUUUGAGAAGCUGCCCUGUUUUUUCCUCAUGUGGAAGAGAAUAACGGUUUAUUCUGUUGACAGAGGAAAUGCACAUGCCUAACCUGAUUGCUGCCUGUGCAAGGUGGUGCUUGUGGCAAGUCAUAGCUAGUGUAUGGGAGAGGGAGGUGCUAGGAGGACUUCCAUAGGUGUGUGCAGCAGGAAGACUUAGUUAUGUUGAUAUGCCUCGAAAGGUGCGCAGGUAGAAGACAAAAGCAAAAGGAAAGAGGCUUGCUAUUGGGAAAACACAUGGAAAGACAUCAUGCAGUUCUGGAGUUUCCUGAGCUGUACCGGUGGAGAUAUUACAAGGAUCUCCUACUACGCAGAAUAUGACAGACACCUAGCACCCGCCAAAGGCAUGGCAGCGGCUUACCUGGACCCUAACCUGAAUCAUGCCCUGAGCCAAGGGGUGAAACCCCGCUUCAGUGGUGGUAUGGAGCGGGCAGCGGGGGCUAUGGAACGCGUGCUGAAAGUCUUCCACUACUUUGAGAGCAGCAGUGAACCCUGCACAUGGGCCAGCAACAUCAGGCACGGGGACUCUACUGACAUUAAGGGUGUCAUUCAGAAGAUCGUGGACAUUCACAAGGUGAGGUGCGUCGCAUGCUUCGGUCUGCGGCUCAGCCACCUAAGGACAGGUGAGGUGCACUGGCUCCACCCUGACAUGGGCGUGUCUCGCGUGAGGGAGCGCUAUGAGCACGGUCACCCACAGGACGAGUGGAGGUAUGAGCUGCGAAUACGCUACCUGCCCAAAGGAUUCCUAAACCAGUUUACUGAAGACCAGCCAACACUAAACUACUUUUAUCAUCAGGUGAGAAGUGAUUAUAUGUUGCAAGUAGCUGAUCAAGUUGAUCAAGACAUUGCACUUAAACUCGGUUGCCUUGAAAUCAGGAGAUUUUUCAGAGAGAUGCCAGGAAACGCCCUGGAUAAAAAAUCAAAUUACGAAUUACUAGAAAAAGAUGUCGGUUUGAGGAGAUUCUUCCCGAAGAGUUUAUUGGACUCGGUCAAGGCUAAAUCUUUACGGAAGUUGAUCCAACAGACGUUCAAACAGUUUGCCAACCUCAAUGAUGAGCAGAGCAUUCUCAAGUUCUUUGAGAUCCUGUCACCAAUUUAUAGAUUUGAUAAAGAAUGCUUUAAAUGUGCUCUUGGGUCCAGCUGGGUGAUAGCAGUAGAGCUGGCCAUAGGCCCUGAGGAGGGAAUCAGCUACCUUACAGACAAAGGCUCAGCUCCAACACAUUUGGCCAACUUCACCCAAGUGCAGAGUAUUCAGUUCGAGGAGCAGGAGAAGAAGGGAAUGCUGCAGCUGGAUGUGGCUGGAGCAGCAGAGCCUCUCACAGUGACGACUCCAUGUCUGAGCACAGCAGAGAAUAUGGCUGACCUGAUCGAUGGCUAUUGCCGGCUUGUCAACGGAACCUCCUUGUCCUUCAUCGUCCGUAUACAAAAAGAGGGAGAGAGAGCAUUGCCUUCAAUCCCAAAGGCUCCAAAAGCCUCAAACCAUGAGAAACGAUUGCAGGGGGUCAAGGCCAGGGCCAUCUCCAUCUCAGAGACAGACGACUAUGCAGAGAUCAUAGAUGAAGAGGACGCAUACACCAUGCCCUCCAAAUACUAUGGACUAGAUGAAGCCAGGGACUACGAGAUCCAGAGAGAGAGGAUUGAGCUGGGUCGCUGUAUAGGAGAAGGACAGUUUGGAGACGUCCACCAAGGAGUCUAUGUUUGUCCGGAGAGCCCUGCCCUCUCAGUGGCCAUAAAGACCUGUAAAAACAGCACCUCUGACAGUGUCCGAGAGAAAUUUCUCCAGGAGGCCUUGACCAUGCGGCAGUUUGAUCACCCACACAUUGUAAAGUUGAUUGGUGUCAUCACAGAGAAUCCGGUUUGGAUCAUUAUGGAGCUCUGCACUCUGGGAGAGUUGCGCUCUUUCCUGCAAGUGCGUAAGUACGGUUUGGAUUUAGCCUCAUUGAUCCUGUUCUCCUAUCAGCUCAGCACAGCACUCGCCUACCUGGAGAGCAAGCGCUUUGUGCACAGGGACAUAGCUGCUAGGAACGUGCUGGUGUCAUCUGUAGACUGUGUGAAACUGGGCGACUUCGGCCUGUCCAGAUACAUGGAGGACAGCUCUUAUUAUAAAGCCUCUAAAGGGAAACUGCCUAUUAAAUGGAUGGCGCCAGAAUCUAUUAACUUCAGACGCUUUACCUCAUCCAGUGAUGUGUGGAUGUUUGGUGUGUGUAUGUGGGAGAUCCUGAUGUACGGGGUCAAACCCUUUCAAGGUGUGAAAAACAACGAUGUCAUUGGCCGUAUUGAGAAUGGCGAGCGGCUAGCCAUGCCACCCAACUGCCCCCCGACCCUGUACAGCCUGAUGACCAAGUGCUGGGCGUAUGACCCCAGCAAGCGGCCCCGCUUCAACGAACUCAAAGCACAGCUCAGCACUAUCCUUGCGGAGGAGAAGGCGCAGCAGGAGGAGCGCAGUCGGAUGGAGAUGAGGCGACAGGUCAACGUGUCCUGGGACUCAGGAGGGUCAGACGAGGCACCCCCAAAACCCUCCCGCAGACUCUUCCUGCAGCACAGUGUUAGCAUGGACUGUUUGUCUGCUGCUCCUGCUUGUCCUGUGCAGAAGUCUUUCAGCUCUCAGCUCUCACUCAGCUUCUUCCAGCCCCCUGCUGUCCCUGUACUAGCGCUGCACUCCCAGACUCCCAACCAACCCCACCAGGGGCCCAGGCUCCGGAGGAGGCCUUCACUGCCUCCCACGGACUCCCAAGCUGCCCAAUACCCUGCCUGCGGUCCCAUGGCGCCACCCUGCUUCCCCCCACGUCAACCAAACCUGAACCAACAUGCUCACUAUCACCCCUUACAGCCCAGCAGACCUGGUUAUCCUAGUCCACGUUCCAGUGAAGGAUUCUAUCCCAGUCCUCAGCAUAUGGGCCAGCACAAUCACUAUCAGGUGGGGGGCUACCCAGGUCCUCAUGGCAUGCCUGCCAUGCCUACUGGGAUGUAUCCUCCCCAGGCUGCUGGGCUGGGCCUUGACCCCCACGAUGGCUGGAACCACCACAGAGCUGCUCAGGACCACCCUAUGUGGAACCCCAGCUUGGAGGAUGGUGGGGCAUUGAGAGCAGGCAUGGGGGGCCAAUCUCUCCCACCUCACUUGAUGGAGGAGCAGCUGAUGAUGCAGCAGCAGCAGAUGGAGGAGGACCAGCGCUGGCUGGAGCAGGAAGAGCGCUUUAUGAAACCAGACUUGAGGAAUUCCAGAGGGAGUAUAGACCGAGAGGACUGCACUCUCCAGGGACCGCCAGGAAACCAGCACAUCUACCAGCCUGUGGGGAAAACAGAUCAUGCUGUUCCUCCUAAGAAGCCUCCUCGACCUGGAGCCCCCACCCAUCCAGCCAGUGCCGCCUGCCUCAACCCUGCUGACAGCUACAAUGAUGGAGUCAAGCCCUGGAGGAUCCAGCCUCAGGAGAUUAGCUCUCCCCCUACAGCUAACUUGGACCGCUCCAAUGAUAAAGUCUAUGAGAAUGUGACUGGGCUUGUGAAGGCUGUGAUUGAGAUGUCCAGUAAAAUCCAGCCAGCUCCCCCUGAGGAGUAUGUGCCAAUGGUGAAGGAGGUGGGUUUAGCACUGAGGAAUCUACUGGCCACAGUGGAUGAGACAAUUCCCUUACUGCCUGCUCACACACACCGAGAGGUGGAGAUGGCUCAGAAGCUGCUCAACUCUGACCUGGCUGAGCUGAUUAAUAAAAUGAAGCUUGCCCAACAGUAUGUGAUGACCAGUCUCCAGCAGGACUAUAAAAAGCAGAUGCUGACGGCUGCCCAUGCGCUGGCUGUGGAUGCUAAGAACCUGCUGGAUGUGAUUGACCAGGCCAGGUUGAAGAUGCUGGGCCAGGCACGGCCGCACUAGCCCCCGGGCCUCGGCUUGGUUUCCCCACCCCCCACAGCAUGGAGGGGCUUCUGCUGGACUGAAGCGUGCCCGCAGCAGGCAGACGCCCUACUACUCACCAGCACGGACUUCUGUACCAGAAAUCACAGUACACUCACAGGCUCCAUGCUCUCACUCUAGCUUACCUCCAGACGCCAGGGGCCUCUGAAGAGCUCAGCAGGGUUUUAUUUAAAGGAGCAGCUGGAUCGAUUAUGCCAGCGCUGCCAAGAGCGCUCAAGAUGGGGUCUGUCUGGGACUGCUGUAUUGUACUAUGAGGAGAAGGCCUAAACUGAUGAAAUGCCACUGGAACGGAAAUCCCGAGCUGUUGUACAGGUCUCUGGAGGACAGAAGACAUCUUCACACUGUAUCUACAAUUUCUGUAUCUCAUUGGCAAGUCUCUGCUCCACAGUUAGACUGAACAGAAUAUAGAAACACCAUGACAUUGGCUCUAGAACACCAGAGAUACAUAACUUUGUCAGUUUCUCUGUGUUCGUCUGGAUGUGGAGCAAGGGCUUCAUGUGCCUCUCCAGGACUCAGAAGGAGAGGGUUGUACAUUUUGGCCAUGUGCCACCUAGGAUUAAAAUAAAGCUAUGACUGAAAUAAAAAA